AUGACGAAUGCCACGACAAAUAAUGCUGCAAACCAACAACGUAAUGUUGAAAAUGCUGCAAGAUCCAAAAAUCCAUUGGAAUCAUUUCCAGAUGUCUUCACAUAUAAAUCGCCCAAGGAAGCUGAAGAUGGGGCGUCAUAUAGCCUUUAUUGUCGCGCCAAAGGAGACAUGGAUAGCAAAACGCUGAAAUGGGCCUUCAAGCUGGCCGAGAAAAAUGUUUCUCCAUUUUACAAACAACUUAGCAUGGGUUGGCAACCGAAAGUGAAGCAGAAUGACCUCAUGAAAGGAUGGGCCAGAUAUUUAGUGGCUGUGGAUAAGAGUAAAACACCUGUUGCAUAUGCCAUGUUUCGUUUCGAUAUGGAUUAUGGUCAUCCGGUGUUAUAUUGCUAUGAAAUGCAAAUUGAGCCCUCAGCCCAGCGUCAAGGUUUGGGUAAACAUAUGAUGUUGGCAUUGGAACGUUGUGCCAAACAUUGGAAAAUGGAUAAAAUAGUCCUCACCGUUUUGAAGAACAACGACAAUGCUCGGGCAUUCUUUAAAACUAUCGGCUAUGUUCUGGACGAUUCAUCGCCAGAUAUAUUGGAAAAAGCUGACUAUGAGAUUCUUAGUAAACCUGUCAACGAUUAA